CCAGUCAUCUCCUCGCUCAUAUUACCCGUCUGUCUCCAUCGCAAACCAUAUCCGGUCGCUUCUCGAGAUUUCUAGAAGUUUCAACUCAGUCUACGGCAAAGAAAUUUCCCUUCGAGCAGAAACUUCACAAUGAAUUAUAUCAAUCCAAUGAAUCCUGUCCAGAUUCUCAGCACUGGCGCUGAGGAGGAAAAGUCUGAAAUAGCUCGUCUUUCAUACUUUGCUGGCGCUAUUACUAUUGGAGAUGUAGUCAAAAGUACCCUGGGACCAAAAGGAAUGGAUAAAAUCUUAUUGAAGCAAGGCAGAGGAGAGAAUGCCAUCGAAGUAACCAAUGAUGGUGCUACCAUUCUUAAGUCACUUGGAGUUGAUAAUCCUGCAGCAAAGGUUCUUGUUGAUAUCUCCAGAGUUCAAGAUGAUGAAGUUGGUGAUGGUACCACAUCAGUUGUUGUUUUGGCUUGUGAACUUUUAAAGGAAGCUGAGAAUCUCAUCCGCAUGAAAAUCCAUCCACAGACCAUCAUUGCUGGGUGGAGGAAAGCAACUGCUGUUGCUAGAGAGGUUUUAGAGAAAUCAGCAAAUGACAACGGUAAUGAUCCUGUAAAAUUCCGUCAAGAUUUAAAGAACAUAGCACUAACAACUCUUGGGUCCAAAAUUCUUACUCAACACAGUGACCAUUUUGCUGAGCUUGCAGUUAACGCUGUUCUCAAACUCAAGGGAAACAAUGACAUUUCUGUCAUCCAAAUCAUUAAGAAGUUAGGAAGCGGAAUGAAAGAUUCUUAUCUUGAUGAAGGUUUCCUUCUUGACAAAAAGAUUGGUGUCAACCAACCUAAAAGGAUAGAAAAUGCCAAGAUUCUUGUUGCAAACACACCCAUGGAUGCUGACAAAAUCAAAGUGUUUGGUUCCCGAGUGAAAGUUGAUGCCAUUUCCAAAGUUGCCGAACUGGAAGUAGCAGAAAGAGAGAAGAUGAAGGAUAAAGUGAAUAAAAUAUUGAAACAUGGCUGUAAUGUCUUCAUUAACAGACAACUUAUCUACAACUACCCUGAACAACUUUUCUCUGAUGCUGGUGUCAUGGCCAUUGAACAUGCAGACUUCGAAGGUGUUGAGCGCUUGGCUCUCGUUACAGGUGCAGAGAUUGUGUCAACCUUUGAUGCUCCAGAUUGUGUCAAACUUGGUCACUGUGACCUUAUAGAAGAAGUUAUGAUUGGAGAAGAUAGGUUGAUCAAAUUCUCAGGUGUGGCUCUCGGUGAAGCGUGUAGUGUUGUUCUGCGUGGUGCUACUCAACAGAUCUUAGAUGAAGCAGAAAGGUCUCUCCACGAUUCCCUCUGUGUACUCUCGCAGACAGUCAAGGAAACAAAGACUGUUCAUGGCGCAGGUUGUAGUGAAAUGCUGAUGGCAGAAGCUGUUAGUAAUCUUGCUGCCAAGACUCCAGGCAAAGAGGCUGUUGCUAUGGAAGCAUUUGCUAAAUCUUUAAGAAUGAUCCCUACAAUAAUAGCUGAUAACGGUGGCUAUGAUAGCUCUGAACUUGUCACACAGCUCCGUGCUGCACACACAGAAGGCAAAGUUACUUAUGGUCUUGACAUGACCAAUGGUAUAAUAGCAGAUAUCUCAGUUCUUGGAGUGACUGAAUCACUGAAGGUGAAACGCCAGGUGUUGACCAGCGCAUCAGAAGCUGCCGAAAUGAUUCUGCGAGUUGAUGAUAUCGUGAAGGCUGCCCCAAGGAAACGACAGCCAGAUAUGCGCCCUCAUUAAGUCGUUAAAUCAGACUGUUUCCAAUUAUUUACUACUACUACUACUAUAAUUAUUAUUACCACCACCAGCAAGCUUAUUUUGUGUUCAUUGUUUUUGCUUCUGUCUUUAACUCUGCCAUCCAGUCGGUCACAUCCUCGGCUCAUUGAGAACAACAGACUUCAAGUGUCAUGAUCCAAGCUACAGUCAUGUUCUCUGCUUUUCAUACCAUUAAAAUAUAUAUAUAUACACCAGUAAA